UAGGAGGCGCUAACUCUAGGCGCCUUACUCACCGCGCAUGUGACCCUCCCCCAACCUCAAACGAGGCACUGAUUCCGUCAGCACACAUUAUCAGUGAGCAUAGCUCAUGUCUUCGAUAUAGUUGCAUGUUGAAGGAACUUCAUUGUUUGAGACUUUGCACGUGCAAAUCAACCAAAGACUGAUUCCAAAACACACUGCUGUUUUUCCUGUCCAAAAUGGUGAAGAUAUUUGUUGGCAAUGUAGCUUCAGCAACCACCGAAGACGAGCUCCGUGCUUUGUUCGAGAAGUAUGGCCCUGUGUCUGACUGUGAUAUUCUGAAAAACUAUGGCUUCGUGCACAUGGAUGAGGAAGAGGCGGCGCAAAAGGCCGUCUCUGCUUUGCACAAGCACGAGGUCAACGGCUCUCGCAUCACCGUCGAGUAUGCCACCACCAAGGUACGCAAUGCCACCAAGAUCUACGUGGGCAAUGUUCCUGAAGGCGUCACCGCCGCCAAAAUCAAGGAGCUCUUCCAGCCGUUUGGCAAGGUUGUGGAGUGCGAUAUUGUGAAGAAUUACGCAUUCGUUCACAUGCAGAGGGAAAGCGAGGCUCUGGAGGCCAUUUCAGAGCUUAACCACUCCAAAUUGGAGGGCCAAAAGAUCUUUGUGUCCCUCUCCCGCAGUAACCCAUCCAGAAACGGCCGAGAGGAGGACUAUUAUCCUCCUCCCCCCCCGCAUCACUAUCCACCUCACCCACACCAUCCUCACUUUCUCCCCCCACGCCCGCCGCCCCGUGACUACUAUCCGCCUCGUGGCCGACUUCCACCACCUCCUCUCCCACCGCCGCCGCCCCGCGCCUACUACGAGCGAGAUGUGUAUGAGAGGGGCCCUCGCCACGACCCGUACGCUGCCCCAUCCCCGCGUUUUUACGAACGGGAUCCAUAUGAACGGCGCCUUCCGCCCCCUCAGCGACCAGUCACACCUCCUCUCGCCGGGCGCUACUACCGUGAGCGCAGCCCUCUCGGCGGUCGCCGCUCUCUCCUGCCUCCGCCUCCCCCUCCACCCUCUUCUGCCGGCUUCGCCCGUGGUUUCGCCCGCAAUGGCGCUAGCUCAGCACCCCCUCCCCCUUCCGCCGCUCCUUCCUCCCACUAUCAUCGCUACUCUCUCGGCUCAGGCUUUGAUAAGGAUGAUUAUUUGGAGGACAAGUACAGCAAUGGCUUCAGCCGUAGCUACUAAGCAAUGAAGUUUGUCCGUCCCUUUUUUAUUAUCGAGGAGCCAAGUAAUCUAAGAGGGGCGUAACUUCAGGGAGUUAGGGGUGAAUUUUUUGUAAUAUUCUGUGAUCGUUGUAGCUAUUUUAGAUAACGGGUUAAUCAGCUAAUACUGUACUCAUUUAACUAAUAGAUUUACGUCCGCCCGAUGAAGGAACGGCAAAUAGGAAGUUAAAUACACCUGUUUCAGAGUUUUAUAGCAUGUUAUGUUGUACUAUAUAUGCCAGCCAUAUCGGUUUGAGUAUUUUCUUAAAUUUCGGGGUUUUUUUUGGCAUAUCACAUUUUUAGUUCAUUUUACUCUGGCAUGCACUAAAUACAAAAGAUCGCUUGAAUAUAUAUAUUUUUUGCAUUGAUAUUUCAACAUGCAUAGCCUACCCAACAGGAAAUUGAUCGUGUUUACCUGUUUUUUUUCUGUUUAGUAUUUAGGAAUAUUCAAGUGUUGUCAUUGUCUUUUGCAUGAGUCGGGCAAGUUAAUUUGGAGAUAUUUUGAAUUUUCAUCAUUGGUCUUCGUAACUAAAUUAUAGUAAUUCUGUCUCUUUUUUUUUUAAUUUCUGCUCUGGACUACCUUUAUGUUGGCAAAUUAACUUGCUAUGUUGUUAGAAGUAAUGCUGGAUGUAAGUGAGACCAGUGGGAAGGAACAGAGAGGAAAUGGGUAAAGAGGUGGUUGUGGGCGGAGCUGUAUGCUUUAACUGACUGAUCAACCAAUCACAUCCUACCGGCUAACCGAGCACAUCGCAUCCACCAGCCGCUCAACUUUCGGAUCCGCCGCCGCAUCCUAGGACCAUCGGUCAAAGGAAACGAAUGACCGACCAGCCGCCGACCGCCUAAUAAAUUAAAAACAACGCUGAAUCAAUUCUACACUGUAUUUCGAGAUCACGCUGUAUUAGACAAAUAGCUGAUUUGCCGACUCCGCAGACUCAGAGAACGUUUUUAAAGAUUAGAGACUUAUUUUGGCAUCACAUUAUAAUGCUUGUGAUUGAAAAUAUUACUGAAUUCUCAACAUUGUUUCCUGUCCUACUUGUACUACUGCUGUUUGCCUAUUGUUAGCGUACACUUCUGUUUAAAAUGUACGUUUGUAAAAAGCCUGUUUUCUCGACUGUUUAUCCGAAACCGCUCUCUUUAUCAUAUUGUCCACUCGAGCAGGUUCGAAACUUAUGCUUGUUUUGAUUUAACCCUAUGAAAACAGAUUCAUGUUCUACCAGUCGCUGUCAUCUUGCCGCCUGAAUAAAAUUUCGACUGACUUAGACGCAA